AAGACGCCGCGGGCUGUGCUCCGAGUGAAGAAUGGGGCGUCGAAGCUGGCCAAGCCGCAGGCGGCGGCCGAAGCCCCCGGCGGCGCUCCGGGCUCGGGGCUGUUCAUGGAGCGCUCGCAGAGCCGCCUCAGCCUGUCGGCUUCCUUCGAAGCCCUGGCCAUCUACUUCCCCUGCAUGAACAGCUUCGACGAGGAAGACACGGAAGAUGGCAGGAAACUCAAAGGUGCAAUCCAGCGGAGCACAGAAACCGGUCUGGCUGUUGAGAUGCCAAGCCGAACCAUCCGACAAGCCAGCCAUGAAUCCAUUGAGGAAAGUAUGAACAGCUACGGGUCUGAAGGAAACUUGAAUUUCAAUGGAGUUCAUCUGGCAUCUGCUGGGCAGUUCAGUGACUUCCUGGGAAGCAUGGGGCCGGCACAGUUUGUUGGCCGUCAAACCUUGGCCACUACCUCUAUGGGGGAUGUGGAAAUCGGCUUACAAGAACGAAAUGGACAACUGGAAGUGGAUAUCAUUCAAGCCAGAGGAUUGACCCCCAAGCCUGGUUCCAAAACCCUACCAGCCGCUUACAUCAAGGCCUAUCUUCUAGAAAAUGGGGUGUGCGUUGCAAAGAAGAAGACCAAAGUGGCCCGCAAAUCUCUGGACCCCCUGUACAAUCAAGUAUUACUGUUCCCAGAGAGCCCACAAGGCAAAGUACUGCAGGUCAUCGUCUGGGGCAACUACGGACGCAUGGAACGCAAGCACUUCAUGGGAGUCGCCCGGGUUCUUUUAGAAGAACUGGAUUUGUCAACGUUGGCGGUGGGCUGGUAUAAGCUUUUCCCCACCUCCUCCAUGGUGGAUCCCGCUACCGCCCCUCUCCUGCGCCAGUCUUCACAGCUUUCCUUGGAGAGCACAGUUGGACCUUGCGGCGACAGGUCUUAAUGAGCCAGGAAGUACCGAGGGGACCGCUUCUGUUUUUAAAAUCAUGCUGUCAAGGUUUUGUUUGCUGGAACGCUGACCUCAGGCGCCUUGCAUCUUAGAUCAUCCGUGGAGGAUCCUGAAGGAGAAGGAGAGCCAAGUAACCUUGGGCAGAAGCCAAGAUGGGUGCCAGUGACCCUUCUCCAUUCAAGUAGGAAGGGCUGUGGGGCACCAGGCCUAAUUAUGAAAUAACAC